UCCUUGAGGCCGCCGAGGUCGUUGGUGUCUGUUGAACGGGUGCGGAAGUCGUGCUGCCUUGGGUAGGGGGUUAAAGUCGUUCUUGAGAGAAACGUCUCUGUCCGAAGAGAAAAUGAGUUUAACUCUGAGAAAUGAGCUUGUAGUAGACAAAACAAAGAGGAAAAAAAGAAGAGAACUCUCUGAAGAACAGAAACAGGAAAUUAAAGAUGCUUUUGAACUAUUUGACACAGACAAAGAUGAAGCAAUAGAUUAUCAUGAAUUAAAGGUGGCAAUGAGAGCCUUGGGAUUUGAUGUGAAAAAAGCUGAUGUACUGAAGAUUCUUAAAGAUUAUGACAGAGAAGCCACAGGGAAAAUCACCUUUGAAGAUUUUAAUGAAGUUGUGACAGACUGGAUAUUGGAAAGAGAUCCACAUGAAGAAAUAUUGAAGGCAUUUAAACUAUUUGAUGAUGAUGAUUCAGGUAAAAUAAGCUUGAGAAACUUGCGACGUGUUGCCAGAGAAUUGGGUGAAAACAUGAGUGAUGAAGAACUUCGGGCUAUGAUAGAAGAAUUUGAUAAAGAUGGUGAUGGAGAAAUAAAUCAAGAGGAGUUCAUUGCUAUUAUGACUGGUGACAUUUAAAGAAUUACAAGGAUAAACACUAAGAAUGUUGCAGUUAUCAUCUUAAAUUCUAUUUUUGUGCCUGGAGCCAUGUUAAAAAAAAACCCAACUUAGUUCUUUUUUCCAAAAGGACCAAAAAUAAGCAUCUUAUGUAUUCAUAUUUUACUACUGUUAAGUUUCUUUGUAUAAACAGUAUUGUUAGUACUGUAAUAGUUUAGCUUUGUAUUUAUAAUAUAGCUUUUAUAUAUAAAAAGUUUGAAAAAUUGAAUCGUGAUAGACAUUUCUUUGAAGAUUUUUUAUUCAGCAUUUUAGUAGUCACUUGUUUCGGUGCACAUGUUUUUCAGACUUUUCAUUAAUAAAAUGUUUAUUUUCUUAGUAUUUUAAAGUUUGGUAAAUUUUCUGUUUUAUUUUGAUUCCAAGUAUCUGUUAACCCUCAAUAGUAUCUUUCUUAAAUCUUUUCUCUUACACUACUGGUUUCAGAAACAAAAAUUGAAAUACAAAUAGCAAUAGAAUAGCACAUUUUUCCAUUAAAAAUUUGACAUUUUAUGUUUCAGUACAAGUUGAUGACUCAAUAUAGGCAUAAUUCCUUUUUUGAGAGUCGCGUCUUUUAGUUUGCAGGGAAAAAGUAUUGUGCACAUAAAUCCAUUUAUCCUCGUGCAUUAUGUUCUAUAACACUUUUGGUAUCUUAACGUAAGUUAUGACAGUUAAAUCUGGGUAUUUCCUUCUUAAACUAAUUGAAUACAGUUUGAAUCAUCUAACUUCUUGACAAAGUGAAAGAUUUAAAUUUUGGAAUUUUGAUCUGUUGAGAUAAUUAUCACUCAAUUAAACGUCACAGUGAUGAAAAUGGAAAACUGUAAGCCAUAGAAAUCACUUAAGGCUAUGUUUUACCUCUAUAAAGAACAUUGUGUGAUUCACCAGGAAACAGUAGAGACAGACUUUACAGGUGGGCUCUUCUGCCUUGUAGAAGUGUGUGUUAGGGGGAAACAAGUGGUUAUGGGAGAUAGAUCAUAGGGAAAUGUUACCUAUACUGAUCCUUGACUAAUAAUCUGGUUCCUGUGGUAGGGGUUCUCCAGGAAGAAAGUUGACUUAUUUCAGUGAUCUUUUUUAGAUUUCUUGUUUAAAUUUAAAAUACAGUAAUAAUUUGAGGCAUUUUAAAUGUUGUGAGCCUCAUGGAGUAUUACAUAAAGAGUUAUCCACUAGAGAUUUAACAAAAAAAUCAGUAGGGAAUAAUAGUGGUAAUGUUUCAAACAGUUAUCUAGGUAGAAAGUUAAUUGUUCAUCAUAUUAAAAUUUAAUUUUGAGUAUGAAAUCAGUGUUCACAGUUGUAACAAUAUUCAUGGCAACAAAUAGACUUUGAAAUUUAAAAAUUUUUAUCACCCUUACUGAUGAAUUGCCUUCUAUGGCUUGAUCACAAAAUAAGUUGAUUUCUGAGAAAUUGAAGAGUAAAGAAAGUGAAGAAUAAAACACAUAUAAAUCUAGGCUUACUAGUCUUCUGCCACUUUGUUGGAACAAAUAACUCAAGCUACUUUUUGUCACUUAUAGAGAUAACUUCUUUAUUCUUAAUAGGAAUACUUACUCCUUGAGAUAUCAGCAGUUUUGUUUCUUCUGUUCUUACUGUGAGAGGGAAGAGUGCUCAUCUCAGCUCUUUAUGUUUGUGGUAGCUUUCUCCUACAGACGGAUGUGAAUUAUUCUCAAGUUCUUUCCAGAGUUAAUCAGAAACUGUAGAGUAGAUAAAAUUUGCAAGUAGAGGUGGCAGUAGAAGAAAGCAGAGAAUUUGCUUUAAAAAAGAGGGAGGUGGAGGUGGUUAUUAGUCAUAUUUAUCAUGAUUAGUCAUAUUUAUCAUGAUAAGUCAUAUUUAUCAUGCAGUGGCAUUUCAUGAUGUAAGAAAAUGUCUGUUAGUUGCUAAACUUGCCUAGUGCAUUGCUGUUCUGGUGUCCUGGUAAGCUUUGAUAGUUUGAGAUUUGUCAGCUAGGACCUUUUCCUUCACGUUUGUUAUAAGCCAACAAAGCCUACUUUCUGAAGAAGCUAUGUGCCUAAUAGCAGCUCUUAUUUAGAGUCUGGAGGUAGGUAGUUGGGAUGGGGAGGAAAGCAAGCUAUUUGUUCUGCACUCAAUGUGUUGUAGGUACUGUCCUAGACUUAUUUAAUCCUUUAUUGCCGGAAAUUCAUGCAGCACUUCUAAUGGAAGACUUUCUAAUUUAGUUGCUGUGCUGGUGUUAAUGGCCUUACAUCAGCAAACAGCAAGGUGAGUAGACUAUCCAGUUGAGUGACUAAUGGCCUCAGCUCCAUAAGCCAUCUAUCUGAUGCUAGUCUCUGGAAGUGAAUUCUCUCAGGGAUUUACUAGUGAUGUGUUCUUGAAAAGGAUUGUUUACAGUGUUUUGAAGACAUUGCAAUGUGAGGAAGGCAAAAUGAUUUCAAAUAUCACUUAAAAUAUGUAAUUUAAAUUACGUGAGUAAUAAAUA